GAUCUACAGAUAUGAGAAACUGCGCGUGACGAAGGUGAAUUCGCAUGCACUCAUUUUUCAUUGGCAAGGGUCCGAUGAUACUCUGAAACCGGUCAUGUUUAUGGCUCACAUGGGUAAGAGACCCGCAAUUUCCACCAAUAACUUGCUUAUGAACAGCCACACAGAUGUCGUCCCCGUCGAGCCGUCCACGGUUAGCUCCUGGGUGCAUCCACCGUAUUCCGGACAUUAUGACGGAACAUACCUUUGGGGCCGCGGCACGUGCGACGAUAAGGCCGAUCUCAUAUCCAUCAUGAUAGCAGUAGAUUCACUGUUGAAACAAGGGUUCCAGCCGCGUAGGACACUGGUGCUUGCUUUCGGUAUUGACGAGGAAUCCGCCGGUGUACAGGGUGCCGGUCAUAUCGCAAAACACCUUGAAGAGGCGUACGGGCGGGGCAGCUUUGCUCUUAUUCUAGACGAGGGAGAACCGUUUAGUACGCCGUACGGCGGGAAUGUGGUAUUCGCCAAUCCAUAUGUAACAGAAAAGGGUUACUUCGAUCUGCGAAUCGAGGUGUCCACUCCGGGUGGGCACUCAAGUAUCCCACCGCCUCAUACUGCAAUCGGUAUACUCGCUUUGGCUAUCGCAGAGCUCGAGGCUCAUCCUCACCAACCGCAACUACUGCGCAACGGCACGUUCUUCCAGGAGGUUCAAUGUGCUGCAGCCCAUGGACCUCACGUUUCUACCGAGUUUAGAAAGCUUGCCAAAGCCGCCAUCGACGACGACACAGCCUUAGAACGGCUCACAAAACUGCUCCUAGAACACAUACCCAUGUCAGUGGCAAAGCUCGCGACCACUCAAGCCGUUGACCUCAUCUCGGGCGGCGUGAAGGUCAACGCGCUUCCCGAAAGAGCGUAUGCGGUGGUCAAUCACAGGAUCGCAGAACAGAGCUCGGUGGCGGCGCUGCAGGGGCGCAUUGCAGAGAUAAUCAGCACGGUGGCCGAGCGGCAUGACCUCACGCUGAAUGCCUUCGGAAGGACAGUUUUCACAGGUAGCAAUGGCUGCGUCUCGCUAUCGGACGCUUUUGACACCGCUCUCGAGCCCGCUCCCGUGACGCCCACGAGAGAUAGCCCAGCUUACGCUCUUCUGGCCGGCACGAUUGUGGCUGCACUCCGAGGAUCUCAUAACGUGAGCGACGUCGUCGUGCAGCCGACUUAUGCUCUGGGCAACACCGACACCCAAUUCUACUGGAACCUGUCGCGGAAUAUAUUCAGGUAUGCCCACGUGCCCGCAGACGCGUAUUAUAACUCUCUGCACACCAUCAACGAAGCUAUCAAACCUACGGCCUUAGUAGAGAAGAUCGGCUUUCUUACGAUGCUCGUUCUGAACUGGGAUGAGUCGUCUAUGUUUUGAUUUUUGCUUACCUUUUGGUUGUUAUGAAAUUUUGUGGUGCGCGUGUAGUACGAACGUUGGGCCAUAUGGUCGUCCGUGGCCGCGUUACAUCGCUAAGCCGACCGGAGGUGAUCGCGUGAUAAUGCGUCUGUCCAGUCCGAGGGUUGUACAUCUACGUAUCAAACAACUAGGGGUUUAUUC